GCCGAUCUUUGACUCUCCCUCCGCACAAUCUCGCUCUCCCUUUUCCAACCUCUGACGCUCUCUUGCUGCUGGCUCGACCGCCUCUCCCUUUCUCUCGAAGCUGCAGAGCAAGCGACGCAUCUUGUCCAGCAUCUACUGUACGCCGCCGGAAUCCGCCCGACUUCCUUAUCAUGGCGUCUCUUGCGAUGGCCGUGGUCAACGAGGCAGUGAAAGAGCUGCCUCUCCACAAAGCUGUAUCGGGGAUCUUUGGAAGCAUUAGCAUGGCAGCAUGGAUAUGUGUUAUUCUACCUCAGAUGAUUGUCAACUACCGAGCGAAGAGCGCCGAUGGGCUGAGCAUGCCGUUUCUGGUUGUCUGGAUGAUUGGCGACGCCACCAACUUGAUCGGUGGACUCUUUACGCAUCUGGCCCCGACAGCGGUCGCAUUGGCCAUGUACUUUUGCGUCGCCGAUUUCCUCCUCAUCUCCCAGUGCCUAUACUACAACACGAUCAACGCUCGCCGAGCUGCGGAGGAGGCGGAGGCGACCGAGGAGGCACCCCUUCUUGGAGAGCGGCGCAUGUCGCAUCGCCGAUCGGUGUCGAGCGAGGACGUCGGCAAGAUUGCGCCGGCCGGCGACGAACUAAUUGAGCGGUCUUCGUGGUCGUCCAAUGCAUUCAGCCUGAUUGCCGUAUAUGUUGUUGGAUUCAUGGGGUGGUACCUCUCAUACAAGGCUGGAGCAUACAACGAGGCAGACCCUCUCGUCUUCAACGCCGUGGAGUCGUCAGACUUGCUGGAGAAGAUUGGAAUGGUGUUGGGCUACUUUAGCGCAGUUUGCUACCUCUGUGCUCGAAUUCCCCAAAUCAUUAAAAACUACCGAGAAAAGUCUUGCGAAGGCCUCUCGAUUUUGUUCUUUAUGCUUUCCCUGACUGGAAACCUGACGUACGCAAUCAGCAUUGUGGCCUACUCCCAGGACAGGAAAUACAUCAUCAACACCAUCCCUUGGCUGAUUGGGUCUCUUGGCACCGUCGUCGAGGACGGCACCAUUUUUGUGCAGUUCCGAUUAUACGCCAACAACAGGCGAAGUGACGGCCAGGCAUAAAGCAUUACCGACUGGGAUUUGUCUGGGGAUUUGUCUCGAAUGCGCGUGCAUUGUAGAGCGGAAUAUUGGUUCACUCAACUCGGCAUAAUUUGGUGUUUACUUGUUUGGUUUAGUAUUGGAUGAGGCGUCACGGUGGAUUUCACUUGGCGUUCUGGCGCAGCAUGUUGAUAUGGGACUUUUAGGUUGAGUCUCAUCUGCAUAUUGUUUACCUUUGAUACUAAGGUAGGGCAUAAGGGCCCAUUGUGAAGAACUGCCUGUCUUGGGUGCAGGCAGUCUCACGGGAUAGAUUCUCAAAGAGAGCAAUCAUAUUAGCUAUUUUCUUCUUCUUCUUUAACUGUCUCUUUUGUUCAAUCUCAUCUAGGGAAAAACACCCCUUGAGCAAUUAUUCGUAAAUAAAUCAUAUUGACUUACAUG